GGGUGAAGUCUAGACCACUCUUUGUGCUUCUAGCAGCCGGUGUGAUGGCUACUGUCUUGCACUCAGAGUCCAGGCGGUUAUACUCCUGGUGGUGGGAUAGUCACAUUCCCAAAAACUCUAAAUGGAUUCAGCAGAAUCUUGCAGAUAUGGAUUCCAAAGUGAAGGCGAUGAUUAAACUCAUCGAAGAAGAUGCAGAUUCUUUUGCAAGAAGGGCAGAGAUGUAUUACAAGAAACGUCCAGAGCUGAUGAAACUGGUUGAAGAAUUCUAUAGAGCUUAUCGUGCAUUAGCAGAGAGGUACGAUCAUGCGACUGUGGAGCUUCGUCACGCGCAUAAAACCAUGGCUGAGGCAUUUCCUAACCAAGUGCCUUUCGACAUGAUUGAGGAUUCUGCUUCAUCUUCUUGUUCCGAGCCACGCACGCCCGAGAAAAUGCCACCUGGAAUCCAGCCAUUUUAUGACUCUGAAGACCUGCAAAAGGACAGUGCCACGAGUAAAAGGGGUUUAAGUCAGCUGACUGAGUUCUUAGGAAAUUCUGAAACAGAAGUUGAAAGCUUGAAGAGAGCAUUGGUUGAGCUUGGGGCUGAGAAGGAGGCCUUGAAUCUUCAGUAUCAGCUAAGCUUGAACAAAUUUUCCAGACUGGAAAAAGACCUUGUGGUUGCUCAAAAGGAUGUUAAUGGGCUUGAUGAACGUGCUAGCAAAGCUGAGAUUGAGACUAAGAUACUUGCAGAAUCCCUUGCAAAGCUUGAAGCUGAGAGGGAUGCAGCGCUUCUUCGGUAUAAUGAAUCCAUGCAGAAAAUAGCGGAGCUGGAGGAAUCAUUUUCUCAUGCACAGGAAGAUGUGAGGGGGCUCACCAACCGAGCAACUAAAGCAGAAACAGAAGUACAGAGUCUCAAGCAAGAGCAUAGUAGAUUGCAUUCUGAGAAGGAAGCCGGCUUAGCUGAAUACAAUCGAUGCCUUGAGAUGAUAUCUAAUCUAGAGAAGAAGGUUAGAGAGGCCGAGGAGAAUGCUCAAAUGUUUAGUAGUCAGUCUGCAAAAGCAGAAGAUGAAAUUAAAGCAUUGAGACAUGAACUUGUGAAGGUAAAAGAAGUGAAGGAAGGUUUGAGUCUUCGGUACCAGCAGUGUUUGGAAAUAAUAUCUAAGCUAGAGAGAGAAGUUUCUCAUGCUCAAGAAAAUGCCAAAAGACUGAGUAGUGAAGUUUUGGCUGGAGCUGCAAAAUUGAAGACUGUAGAGGACCAGUGUACUCUUUUGGAGAGCUCAAAUGAAACUUUAAAGCUAGAAGCAGAUGGUCUAACGUAUAAAUUAGCAGCUAAGGAUCAAGAAAUUUUCCAGAAGCAAAACGAGCUUGAAAAGUUUCAAUCUUUAAUUCAAGAUGAGCACUCUCGAUUUUUAGAAAUCGAAGUCAGCCUUACAAGUUUGCAAAGUUUGUAUUCUCAGUCCCAAGAGGAACAAAAGGUUCUCACUUCAGAACUUCAAAGCAGGAUUGUCAUGUUGAGGGACUUAGAGACUCGUAAUCAUCAGUUGGAAGGCGACAUCAGCUCAGUUAGAGAAGAAAACCAAAACUUGAGCAAACUAAAUGAUUCUUCUAUGAUCUCCCUGGAGACUCAGAAAUGCGAGAUUUCUAGCUUGAAGGAGAUAAAAGAGAAACUCGAAGAAGAAGUUGCAAGACAAAUUAACCAAAGCAGUGCCUUUCAAGAAGAGAUCCGUCGUCUGAAGGAUGAAAUUGACAGCUUGAAUAGGAGGUAUCAAGCAAUAAUGGAGCAAGUGAAACUCGCAGGAUUGGAUCCCGAGUCCCUUGCCUACUCUGUGAGGAAACUACAGGACGAGAACUCAAAGCUGACAGAGUUGUGCAACCACCAGAGUGGUGAUAAAGAUGCUCUUACUGAAAAGCUGCGUGAAAUGGAUAACAUUCUAAGGAAGAAUGUUGCUCUAGAGAAAUUGCUUCUGGAAUCAAACACUAAACUAGAGGGCUCUAGGGAGAAGACGAAGGAUCUACAAGAAAGAUGUGAGUCAUUACGAGGAGAGAAAUCUGAGUUUAUUGCUGAGAGAGCUAACCUACUUUCUCAAUUGCAAAUCAUGACUGAGAAUAUGCAGAAGCUCUUGGAAAAGAACUCGUUAUUGGAGACAUCCCUUUCUGGUGCAAACAUUGAGCUUCAAGGUGUAAGGGAGAAAUCAAAAUGCUUUGAAGAAUUCUUCCAGUUGCUCAAAAACGAUAAGGCCGAGCUUAUAAAGGAAAGAGAAUCUCUUAUCUCUCAAUUAAAUGCAGUUAAGGAGAAGCUAGGAGUUUUGGAGAAGAAGUUCACUGAGUUGGAAGGAAAAUAUGCUGACCUACAGAGAGAAAAACAGUUCAAAAAUAUUCAAGUGGAAGAGUUAAGAGUCUCACUUGCCACUGAGAAGCAAGAGCGUGCUAGUUACGAAAGAUCGACUGACACCAGAUUGGCUGAUCUUCAGAAUAACGUGAGCUUUCUUCGAGAAGAGUGUCGCUCCAGGAAAAAGGAGUUUGAGGAAGAGCUUGACAGAGCUGUAAAUGCUCAAGUUGAGAUCUUCAUCUUGCAGAAGUUUAUAGAAGACUUGGAGCAGAAGAACUUUUCACUCCUGAUUGAGUGCCAGAAAUAUGCGGAGGCAUCAACAUUUUCAGAGAAACUCAUUGCUGAGCUGGAAAGCGAGAAUCUUGAGCAACAGAUGGAAGCAGAAUUCUUGGUGCAUGAGAUUGAUAACUUCAGGGGUGCAAUCUAUCAAGUGUUUAAGGCACUUCAACUUGAAGCAGAUUGUAAGACAGCUGACCAGAAGAUUGCAAAAGAGAGAAUUCCUGUUUCACGUGUCUUGGGUGAGAUUAAUGAGCUUAAAGGUUCACUCUCUAGCGCUGAAUACGAGACACAGCGACUUGUAAUUGAGAACUCUGUGCUCUUAUCUCUACUUGGACAAUUCCAAUCAGAUGGCAUGAAGGUGGAAUCAGAGAAACGUAAUGUAGAGAAAGAUCUGGAGACGAUAGUACAUCGCUACGGAAUGCUGAAAAAGGACAAGCUCGAGCUAUUGGAAAUGAACCAACAGUUGAAAUCAGAACUGAUUGACAGAGAGCAGCGGGAGCUAAAGCUAAGAGCUGAACUACAAACUGAGCAUUUAAAGUUUGAGGGUUUGCAUGAGUCAUACAUGGCUUUACAUCAAGAUUACUCAAAUGCUCUCGACAAAAACAAAACUUUGCAUCUGAAGUUCUCAGAACUUAAAGGUGAAAUUUGUAUACUAGAGGAAGAAAACGGUGCAUUUCUUCAGGAAGCUAUUGCCUUGAACAACAUGUCUGUGGUUUACCAGUCCCUUGGGUCGGAAAAGGCCGAGCAAGUUGAAGCUUUUGCUGAAAACCUGACUAGUUUAGAAGACAUUAAUAGUGGUCUGAAGCAGAAGGUUGAGACACUGGAGGAGAAGUUAAAAGGGAAAGAGGUGGACAGUCAGGAGCUUAACAGCAAGCUGGAAAAGUUACAGGAAAGCCUCGAAGAAGCCAAUGAGCUAAAUGAUCUCUUAGAACAUCAAAUUUUAGAUAAGGAGGAAAUCAUGAGACAGAAGGCGAUGGAGCUCCUAGAAGCUGAAGAGAUGCUCAAGGCUACACACAAUGCAAAUGCUGAACUGUGUGAAGCAGUUGAAGAGCUGAGGAAAGACUGUAUAGAAUCUAGGAAACUGAAAGGAAAUUUAGAGAGGCGGAUUUCUGAACUGUGUGACCUUACUGGGAGACAGGAUGAGGAGAUUAAAAAGCUUAGCAAUUUGAAGGAGAAUUUGGAGUCGGAGGUAGAGUUGUUACACAAGGAAAUCCAAGAACACCGAGUUCGAGAGGAGUUCUUGAGUUCAGAGCUGCAAGAGAAAAGCAAUGAGUUUGGACUUUGGGAUGCUGAAGCAACAUCUUUCUACUUUGAUCUACAGAUCUCAGCUGUCCGUGAAGUCUUACUUGAGAACAAAGUUAAAGAACUCACUGGAGUUUGUGAAAAUCUCAAAGAUGAAGCUGUUACAAAGACCACAGAGAUAAAACAAAUAAAAGAAACAGUUGGAUUCUUGGAAUAUGAAGUGACUGAGCUGAAGACUCAAUUGUCUGCCUAUGAUCCUGUGGUAGCAUCUCUAGCAGAAGAUGUCAGGUCCCUUGAGCAAAAUGCCAUCUCGUUGAUGAAACUCCCUGCGCCAGCUGGUUGUCACAGAGAGGGCGUCCAGAAUGAUGAACAUCCAGAAGCAGCAGUCUCUCAAGAACCUGUAGGACAUUGCAGUACCAACCUAGUCAAUGGAAUUGUGCUUUUGCAGGACAUGAAAACAAGAAUCAAAACCAUUAAGCAAGCAGUUGUUGAGGAAAAAAAGAGGCGCGGGAAGCUGAGAAGACGAAACUCUUCACACAGAAGCAGGGACCGCAAGCUGUUUGAAGAAAUUGAACUUGAAGACCAAUUCUCGGGUGAAAUCAGACAGCCUAGAUCACCUGUGAUGACUGAGUUGAAAAAUGGUUCAUUGAUGAAAGACAUUCCCCUUGAUCAAGUUGCAGACUCAACGUUCUAUGGAAGAAGCCGGAGAACUAGUCGUGGUUCCAGUGACCAAAUGCUUGAAUUAUGGGAAGAGUCUGCUGAACCAGAAUCCAGCAUAAAGUCUCUGAUCAACAAUAAAAACUCAAAGAAGCCUUUGAUCCCCCGUCUUCAUCGCAGAAGCAGGAAUCCCUCUGUUGAAUCACAUUCUGAGAAAGUGGUUGGAGUUGUUGACAAACUAGAGUUAUCUAGAAGCACUGAGGACAAUGCAAAAAUUCUGGAGAGACUUUUGUCGGAUUCUAGAAGAUUGGCAAGCCUUAGAAUCAGCCUAAGAGACCUGAAAAGCAAGCUGGAGAUAAACGAGAAGCCAGGCAAGUUCACUAACCCUGAUUUUGCUAGAGUGAGGAAACAGCUGAAAGAAAUGGAAGAAGCCAUCUUUCAGCUUACAAACACAAAUGAGAUUCUUUCGAACGAAAUUGAGGAGACCGGAGAUGCCAGAGAUAUCUAUAGAAAAGUGGUUAUGGAGAAGUCGAGGAAUGGGUCUGAGAAGAUAGAGCAGAUGCAGCAAGAAAUGCAGAACAUUGAGCGAACAGUGCUAAAGCUUGAAGAGGGAGCAGCCAAGAGUAAAGGAAGGAAAAAGUUCUCUGAGAGUAGGACAGUGAUACUCUUGAGAGACAUUAUCCAUAAAGGUGGCAAAAGGACAGCGAGAAAGAAGAAAAAUCGUUUCUGCGGCUGUAUGAGAUCUUCCGGUAAUGAAGAGUAGGGUGGAUAUUAACGUAACAGCAUCUAGUUUACUAUUUAUUUUUCACUAUAAUCAUGGAACUGACUCUAGAAGUAUUUUGUGGCAUUGUUUCUGAAAUAUUAGAGCAAAUUAGUAAUCUUUGUAGUUUCUGCUAAACUCUGUAUGUAUCUGGUUUGACUCUAUGUUUCGAACUUAGCUUUUCUAAUAGUCCAAUUUUGGAUGU